AUGACUUCGCUCACCCCAAACCAGGCUUGUAAAAAGCUGGCAAACGACCUUAUUGUGUACACACCUUCUGUCAAAGACUGGGAUUUACGUCGAGCAUACGCCGACUUGAUAUCAAAGGUCCAAGCCGCUGCUCGCAGUCCCAACAGCCCAACUGGAGGAAUUACUGCCGCGACGAUAGCAUUAUCAAUUUAUUUCGGUCGUGUGGCGUAUCGAGAAUCUACUCACGGCUCAGAAUUAUGCGUUCUUCUUGCCAAAACCACUCGCGAAGUACCAUUCUGGCGGCCAUAUUUUGGACUUGAUUUCCGACCCUCGCCGGAACAAAAUCGCCGUCAAAUGGCUGGUGACGCAUAUCCCCAGCUUGCUCAGGAUCCUCCGGAUUGUGUUCUCGAGGUUGCCCGACGAAUUUUGACACGCCCUUGGAGUGAGGCCUCAAGCCAGCUGUUUCGAUCUGCCCUUCGACUGAUUGCCAAUUGUUGUGCGGACAACAACCUGAAUCGAAAUGUCAUAGUCCACCGUGGGGGGAUUGAGCUCAUGAUGCACUUAGUAAGGUGGCAAAGGGAGUGCGAUCUUCUACUUCCCACACUGUUCAACGUCUGUAUCGAUUUCGAUGAGCCUGCUGCUGAUGCUGAUGGUGAAUCCUGGAAGCCGUUAGACCAGAUGCAAACCGAGCCAUAUCAAGAAUCAGGACCUAUCGUCAAUGCUGCGGAACAGAGACUCGGACGAUGGGAAGAGCUUAGUGAUAAUACUAGCUCUGUCGAAAAGCUGCUUGAUACAAUGGAUCAUGCAAAUGGGCUUUAUUCGACCCUUGCAGACCUCGUCGAAAUGGCGAGUCGAGUGACCCUUUAUGGAGUGCACAACCUCAUCAGUCAAUUGAACGGUACUGAAUCGGAUGACAUAGUCGAAGCCAGCACAAUCAGCGUUAUCGAUGCGCUUCUGACUCAAGGGUCCAGAUUGAUAGGACGAGAUCCAGAAUGCUGCACGUCGAUCUGCCAGGCGAUCAUGAACAUAUUUUCGCAGAAGGCCACACGUCAAGGUCUAAUUAGCGUCGAUGGUGCAUUGUGGCAACUGAUCAAUUUGCCAUAUUUGGUGCCCACCACGGAUGACGAGAUGAGGGACAGCUUAAUCCCAUACAAAAAAGUGAUCUUGAAGCUGGUGUAUGAAGUGUCUGCGUCCGAAGCUUAUGGGAGUAAAUUCCAUGCCGACACAACAUUACUUCGGAACUGCAUUAGCGUUCUGUCUCGAGGCCAUUCCAUGCCGUCCUCGCAUCAAUCGCCAUCUUAUCUCGCAGACGCCAUUGAGAGACAUCCACACUCAUCCAUUCUUGUUCUUAUAUCGAACUCCGUGGUCUCCACAGAUCGAGCUGCCGCCCUGCUUCGGGCUUAUCCAGACCUAGCAUCAUGUCUAACUCGUCUCAUUCAGGAUGUGUCUGAUCAUGAAAUUCUCCACCCUGCGGUCGACCUUGCCACACGACUGGCACUGUGUAGUGACGGUCAGCGGCAGCUAUACGAGGCAGGUAUACUACAAGCUGUAAGCAAAGUGCUCAACCCAACGAGCGAGGUCAAUGGAGCUGGCAUUGAGGUCCAGCGUGAGACAGUCAGUCUGAUCAGAUUGGUGAUCAAGGGCCACUCGGAGUACACCAGUGCUCUGAGCAUCAUCGGCUCUCCAUAUCAGAAUGAUUCUCACGUAGAGCUAGAUUCUGACAACAAGGGAGACAAGAACCAGACCCAGCAAAGGACGCAACAGAGCCUUGCCGCGAAGGUUUUCUACCUCUUUUAUCAUACCACCGACGCGGCUACAAAGACGGCCAUUGGGAGACUCGUCAUAGAGAUACUGCGAACACUGGCAUCCGCACUCCCCGCAGGUCGAGUUGGUGGUCCAUCGACUUAUCCUGCAAACAACGAAACGCAAAUGAUUUCGACGGUCGAGUCACGCCUCGGAAUGAUCUUCGAACCAAUCUCCACAACCAUACCCUCAGACCAAGCAACCUCUGGCGUCUCUGAAACCUCGAGAAAUCCAGCUGUACCAAUCGCCCACAUUAUCACCGAACCCCAACCUCAAGGACAAGCCCCGUCCGCCGCACAAGAAGCAGAAGCCUGGUUUGGCCUAGGUCUCCUUUCGUCCUUUCCCUCCUUCCACAGUUCGAUCCUCCAGGCUCUCGCCAUUAACGAGCACCAGCUCCUCACUCGACUCAAGAAGAUCAUCGCGGAGACGCCUAUCAAUGCUAGCACUCCAGCUCCAGCCACAAGCACCACUACCAUACCCCCAUCACUUUCCUCGUCCAUCACAUCGGGAUUAGACUCCCUCGCACUCACCGACUCCGAACUACUGCGUUCUCCAAACUCGAGUCUUAUAGCACUUCCUAAACCGCAAAAUCCACCGCCACCACAACAGGACGCACGCUACGCGAACGUCAAGGUCCUCGUCGUCCGGAUGGUACAGUCCCAUCAAGGAGCAGCACCCACAUCCCAGCAAACGUCUGCGAGCGAUAGCGAAGAGAUCAAAGUCGUGCGAGAUGCUUUAGAAGCCGCUGCUACGGAUUUGGGCGUUGAUUGGGUGCUGGUCUGA